UACAACUAGAGAGCCUCAGAUCAAGGACGAACCAAACUGGUUCAUAUUGUUCAUUGUAUCCUCACCUUCUCUUUUCUGUACAGUAUUGAAAUGCGCUUAGCUUCUUAGGAAAGGGUGAGAAACAGAGUCAGAAUAAUUUGAGCAAAUCCUUCAUCAUGUUUGGUGUGCCUGUGCUUCUCCUUUCUUAGGUUUGAAUCACGCAAAUCAAUGCUUUAAUGAUGCUUUACUGUGAGGUGUGGUCCGUAACUUUUUCUCCUCUACCACCAGAGAAAAGUGCCUAAGAUUUUGCCAGUAGUAUGAAAACCUUGUUCCUAUAAAAGCACUCACUGGUUUUAUUGGUCGUUCUUUAAACGUAGAGAUGAAGAGGACGAGAGGGGAAGAAGUAAACUAAACAUCGAAGGUUUGUGGCUGAUGGGUAUCAAGAUGCAGAGCCAGCACCAUCCUGUGGCUUUGAGGUUCCAUGAGCACGGGAGUAAAAGAAAAUACACUUUCAUUCAGGCUAAAAGAGCUUGGCUCCCAAAGUUUCUGCUGCUGUGGAUCAUGCUGAUGAUGCUAUUCAGUUGGUCCAUCUACAAUGGUAUGGAUGCUGAUAAUAAAGUUAGGAGGAGAGAGGUUCUGGGUAGCCUCUGUGAGCAAAGGGCUAGGAUGCUGCAAGAUCAAUUUAGUGUUAGUGUUAACCAUGUCCAUGCCCUAGCCAUUCUGGUUUCAACCUUCCACUACUACAGAAACCCAUCCGCAAUUGAUCAGGAAACUUUUGCGGAGUAUACUGCCAGAACAGCAUUUGAGCGGCCAUUACUCAAUGGGGUGGCCUAUGCACAAAGGGUAGUUGACACUGAAAGAGAAAACUUUGAGAGGCAACACGGAUGGGUGAUAAAGACGAUGGAAAGAGAGGCUUCCCCAGUUCGAGAUGAGUAUGCACCGGUGAUAUUUGCCCAGGAAACUCUCUCUUAUCUUAAGUCUCUUGAUAUGAUGUCAGGAGAGGAGGACCGAGAAAACAUUCUGAGGGCUAGGGCCACUGGGAAAGCUGUACUGACUAGCCCAUUCAGGCUGUUGGAUUCUCAUCAUCUUGGUGUGGUGUUGACAUUCCCUGUGUACAAAGCCAAGCUCUCCCGAGAGCCAACUAUGAAAGAGCGUGUAGAGGCAACUGCGGGAUAUGUUGGAGGGUCCUUUGAUGUUGAAUCCCUAGUGGAGAAUUUACUUGGGCAGCUUGCUGGUAACCAAGCAAUUUUGGUUCAUGUGUAUGAUAUCACAAACUCUACUAACCCGCUAAUCAUGUAUGGCAACCAAUAUGAAGAAGGUGAUAAGUCUCUUGUACAUAAAAGCAAACUUGAUUUUGGAGAUCCUUACAGGAAACAUCAGAUGAUAUGUAGGUAUCAUCAGAAGGCACCAACAUCUUGGACAGCGCUUACCACGGCAUUUUUAUUCUUUGUGAUUGGUUUGUUAGUGGGAUAUAUUUUGUAUGGUGCUGCAAUUCAUAUUGUCAAAGUUGAGGAUGAUUUCCAUGAGAUGCAGGAACUAAAAGUUCGAGCUGAAGCUGCUGAUGUUGCCAAAUCCCAGUUUUUAGCGACUGUUUCUCAUGAAAUUAGAACACCAAUGAAUGGCAUCCUAGGAAUGCUUGCUCUGCUUCUAGAUACGGAAUUGAGUUCAACUCAACGAGAUUAUGCUCAGACUGCUCAAGCGUGUGGAAAAGCACUGAUAGCAUUGAUAAAUGAGGUGCUUGACCGAGCUAAAAUUGAAGCUGGCAAGUUAGAGCUAGAAGCAGUUCCAUUUGACCUGCGUUCCAUACUUGAUGAUGUCCUUUCUUUAUUCUCUGAGAAGUCUAGACACAAAGGUUUAGAGUUGGCGGUCUUUGUCUCUGAUAAAGUUCCAGACAUUGUUAUGGGAGAUCCUGGGAGGUUCAGACAAAUUAUAACCAAUCUAGUUGGCAACUCUGUCAAAUUCACUGAACGAGGGCACAUAUUUGUUAAGGUUCAUCUAGCUGAAAAUAUAAGUGCCACAAUGAAUGGAAAAUCUGAGACAUAUCUAAAUGGAGGAUCAGAUGACAUUGUGCAUAUGGCUGGUGGUUAUCAGUCCAAAACUCUCAGUGGAUGUGAAGCAGCUGAUGAAAGGAACUGUUGGGAUAAUUUUAAGCAUCUGAUUGAUGAUGAAGAAUUUUGCUUUGAUGCAUCAAGUGAAAAGAUGACCACUAUUCAAGUUUCUGAGCAAGUCACUCUGAUGGUCUGCGUAGAGGAUACUGGUAUUGGGAUUCCCUUUUCUGCCCAGGAUAGGAUUUUCAUGCCUUUUGUGCAGGCAGACAGCUCAACCUCUCGAAACUAUGGUGGGACUGGUAUUGGAUUGAGCAUCAGUAAGUGUUUGGUUGAAUUAAUGGGUGGCCAAAUAAGCUUCGUAAGCCGACCCCAGGUUGGGAGCACAUUUUCCUUCGCUGCAAAUUUUGGUACAUAUAAGAAAAGUUCAAUCGGUGAUGCGAAGAAACAUAAUGUGGAAGAUCUACCUUCUAGUUUUAGAGGACUGAAAGCCACAGUGGUUGAUGGAAAACCUGUUAGAGCUGCUGUGACUCGAUACCAUCUGAAGAGACUUGGGAUAAUAGCUAAAGUUGCUAAUAACAUUAACAAGGCUGUUGCUUUAUGCGGGAAGAACGGUUCAUUGACAUCUGGAGUGUUCCUGCCGGAUAUAAUUUUGGUUGAGAAGGACUCGUGGAUAUCUGGAGAAGAUGGAAGCUUCAAUCUUAGGCAACUAGACUGGAAGCAGAACGGACAUACAAUUAAGUUGCCCAAAUUGAUCCUUCUUGCAACCAAUAUUAGUAAUGCCGAGUUUGAUAAAGCUAAGGCUGCUGGUUUUGCUGAUACUGUGAUCAUGAAGCCUCUGAGAGCUAGUAUGGUAGCUGCUUGUCUUCAGCAGGUUCUUGGUGUGGGUAAGAAGAGACAACAAGGAAAAGACAUGCCUAAUGGUUCCGCUUUUCUUCGGGGCCUUCUGUGUGGAAAGAAAAUUUUGGUGGUUGAUGACAAUAUGGUGAACCGGAGGGUUGCUGCAGGUGCAUUGAAAAAGUUUGGAGCUGAUGUGAAGUGUGUUGAAAGUGGCAAAGCGGCGCUUGAGUUGCUUCAACUGCCUCAUAAUUUUGAUGCCUGCUUCAUGGACAUCCAAAUGCCGGAAAUGGACGGAUUUGAAGCAACACGACGAAUCCGGCUGAUGGAAAGCAAGGCAAAUGAGCAGGCAAAUGGUGGAGGUAAUGAAGAAAAUGCCUCUGAAAGCGAGUGGCAUUUGCCAAUAUUAGCCAUGACAGCUGAUGUAAUUCAUGCUACCUACGAUGAGUGCCUGAAAUGUGGUAUGGAUGGAUACGUGUCCAAGCCCUUUGAGGAAGAGAAUCUCUAUCAAGCAGUUGCAAAGUUCUUCAAAUCCAAGCCUAUCUCAGACUCAUGACACCUAGCCAUUUUCUGAGUUGAACUGAGCAAAGAAACCAAGAUGGGGACAUAUUAAGAGGUGAGUUGGCCGCCAGCAUUUUCCAGGUUUGGCCGGCUAGUUGUGCUUCAAUGCAGAUCCCAACACACGGCGAACCAGCUUGGUUACUAGGAAAUCAGUGAUGAUUUCUAACCAGCAUAAGUGAGACGUGAUUAGAAUUGGAGUAAAUGUACCUCAUAGCCCUGCAUUAUCCCCACUUAUGUACAGUUUUUCAGGAGGGAAUGGGCGGGCAUGAUGUAAAUUCCAUA